AUGGGCACGACCACCGAAUGGUUGGUGGAAGCUCAAUUCAGAUGGAGCAGCAACAAGAAGUGGACGAACAGGGUGUGGAGGACUUAUAAGGGGAAGCGAAGGGGAAUGGCUAGGAGGCUUCUCAUGAAGGUACAGGUUGAGACUGAUGCCAAGGAGAUCAUAAACCAGAUCAGAGAGAAAAAAGGUAUAGAAGGAGACGACGUUCUAACCGAUAUUCUGCAAGAGCUAGUAAGGAGAGAAUGGAGUCUUGAAUUUAAUCAUACUUAUCGGGAAGGAAAUCACUGUGCUGAUAUGAUGGCAAAGAUGAGUUUAUCCAGCUCACAAGUUUGGACCAUGUGGGAAGCCCCUCCAAGCGGGAUACUGAGAAUCUUGCAGGAAGACGUUGAAGGAAUUGGAGUACCGAGAGGCUUAAGACCCUAA